AUGGCACCCAAAAUUGAAGAGCUCCCAGAUGAUUACGAACUAAGCGAUGGGAACAAGACCCAUUUUGAAUCACCAGCUUCCAAACAAGCACCACCCAAAAAGAAUCCGUUUGCUGAUGAACUUAAGAAGAAAACCAUUAGGAGAUCUGCAGAUGACGUCUAUCCGCAACACAAGGGGCUCAACAAACCUCAAUUCAAAAGAGAAAAACCCAUUGACAUUUUGUUUGAACAAUUGGAGACAUUACUAGACACACCCCUGGACAAUUUGACUUUGGAAACUCUCAAUCAGCGCAUAUUCAACUCCACUACGAAUCGUGAAUCUCGAUUGCGUGUGGUGGAGUACCUACUUGAUAGGCUACUAGAGAUCCAAAGGUAUUCAUUGGAGCCUCAAUUCAAAGAUAAAUCAAUCAUUGCAAUCUCGUUACAUGAUGUCAAAACAUUCAGCAAGCUUGUAAAUACUAUAAUCAUUCAUGGUAUCUACCCAGCUUUAAACGUUUUCCACAUUGGAAUACCAUUUGCAAAGAGAAUGUUGAAGGAUGCUAAACAGAAUAAGAAACCAGUUGGAAUAGAUAAACUUGAGGGACCUGAGCCAGCCAUUGACCUUUUGAAGCUUUUGUAUGAGAAAUUCUUCACCCUUUUCCAAACACCAUCAGAUGUGACUGAAUUGCUCAGCAAGGGUUCUGGUGUAUCGGACUUUAUCACCAUUUCGAUAGCUUUGUGUACAAUUUCACAAACCAACCAUGACAAGUAUAUUUCUGAGUACCCAAUAGUUGAAAAAGUGCCAGAUACAUUUGAAUUGCUUCAAAUUUAUUCGCUUUUGCUCACGUCGACGUCACCAGACUAUUUCAAAAAUUUUGUGCUGAGCCACUUGCAAAGGCUCCAUUAUAAAGCUCCCCGAGGAAGUGGUUUACUCGCUUUGAUUGAGUAUGUUUUAGGUUUACGUGACCAAGAUGAAAUUGAUAUCGCGAGGUUUGAUCAUGUUGCCAAUGUCGUUUUGCUCAAACCGAAAACUAUAAAUACCAAGGACUACUUCACAUCCAUCGGUAAGCAAUGCUAUGACUUACUAGUUAAUAUAAAUCGACCAACUGUUGCAUCGUGCGUAACUUAUAUUCUAGAAAAGCUUUGGAGCAGAAAUAAAUUGGUUGUGAAAGACUUUUUCUUGAAACAGGUCUGGGAUAAGUUCAACCCCAAACCUGACAAGCCCGGUGUCUUGGUUGCUGAAGCUCAACUCAAUAAUGCAGUGAAUGUGUUGUUAUCACUAACUCAAAAGGGUUUGGAGCCCAGUUUUUACAGGGCGGUGAUGACACCAAUUUUGCUUCCUUUGUGGGGCUACUACUUGUUCCUAAAAAGAAAUGCAAAGUCAGUCGAGAGCAUAACUACUAUUUUGACAGUAUACUUUACAAUAAUGAACGAUUCUGAUUCCAAAGACCUAGCUGGAAUUGAUGUUAUUGCAAAAAAUUUGUGCUUCGAAAGUGGUGACGGCUGGAGAUUCGCAAUGGGACCAAAUAACAUGGUGCAAAUAGAAAGCAACAAAAAGGAGUUUACUUUAGAGAGUAAAGAGUACAAGGUGAAUAAAUUUAUUGUUGAUUUGGAUUUUGCAUGCACAAACUUUAUAACAUUGUUAGAAAAUGUUCAUGACGACAUGGUACAGUUCCUUUUCAUAAAAGUAUUAAAACAAUGGCUUUCUGGAUCCAAUUUGAUUGGUGGUGACGAAGAAAGUCCGUUUAUCAAAUUAAUUGACUUGAAGUUGUUGGAAAGUAUAGGUGAGAAAUUUAAAGAAAGCCUAGCUCGAACGCCGUCUGAGAUGUUAGUGAUUGUUCAAAGCUUUUUGAAUUCAAAAUUUGAUGAAGAAGAAGAUCACGAUGAUGCAAUGCAUGAUUCUGAUGAUGAAGAUGAAGAGAAAGAGGAGAUUUUGCCAAUUUUGUUGCAAUUGCUUUCGGCGAUCUUGUCUGAAAACGACAUUGUAAUAGAUGACCAGUGCACCGAACAUUUAUCAGCAAUCAAGUCGUCUCUAUUCAAUUUGGCUAAACAAAAUGUAAAUGAAAACAUCAAGCUGUCGGCCCACGCUUUGGAAUCAAGGAUUGGUGACAUAUUGAGUGGGGAUAUUGCCGCCACUAAUGCCAUUGAUGAUCAAAAGCUAACUUUGACCAGAGCAAUCACUAGCUUGAAUGAUCCAUUGGCACCUAUAAGAGCACAUGGUUUGUACCUUUUACGUCAGUUGAUCGAGGCUAGAAGUGACGUGCUUUCACUUGAUUUUGUGAUAAAUUUGCAUUUGGUACAGUUGAAAGACCCGGAGCCAUUUGUUUACUUGAAUGUCAUCAAAGGAUUAGAAAGCUUGAUUGAAUGGGAUGAGCCAGUUGUGCUAAAGACUUUGUGUGAUAUUUACGUGAACAAGGAAACUGAGCUAGAUGAGCGAUUGAGAAUUGGUGAAGUGAUACUUCGUUAUAUUCAAGUUUCAAAUGAAACUUUUCAAGGCGAAUCCGCUAAUCUCAUUGUUGAGUCGACAUUAUCUGUAAUUCGUAGACAUGAUGCAGACGAUGAUAGGAUGAGAAUGUCCGCUAUGUCACUAUUAGGAAUGUGUUGCAAAGUUAACCCACUUGGUUUGAUUGGCAAAUUGGAAGAUGCGUUAGAUUGUGCCAUCGGUAUACUCAAUUUGGAAACCACUAGCGACAAGGCAAUAAUGAGGAGGGCGGCUGUGGUCUUGAUUCAAGAUUUAAUUCUUGGUACUUCUGAGACUGAUAAGAUACAGUUUCCUGAAAAGUACAGAGAAAAAGUGGUUACAAUUUUGAAGUAUGUUGCAUCUACUGACAACGAUAUUUUCGUACGAGAGCAGGCUCAGAAAGUGUUGGAUAUCAUUGAAGAGUUGGUCAGAUUGGGCAUGGAACUAUACUUGGAAAGUAAUACAUAG